GGCCAUUCCUGCAUGCACAUCCCCACUGCCUGUUCGACCACUCAGCCUAUCUUACAGGAAUUAGGAGUAGGAGUGAGCUUCUUGUGACAUUCAAAACUCGUUUAUUGUGUCGUGAGUGAAUAUGAUUACUCGCUAGAUGGCAAAACUCUAGCAGGCGGAUCUUUGGCCCUUCAGGCCUUGAGAAGUUCUGAGUGUGGGAGUGUGGUGCUACUGCUGCUGUGAGUGCGUGGCGCCCCUGGGUGGCUAAGGGUGUGGGCACCUUCUUUACGCUGGUCCCUACAUGACCCUUUGAGUCUAAGUAAAAUAGGUUCCUCUUGUAUGAACGGAGAAGAGCGACUGGAAGUGAAAUCUAUUGCGGCCCAGUGAGUGGGGCAAGACGGGGCCGAUUGUGGUGCGCUUGUGAGAAGUGUGUCGGGGAGACUUGAGUGCCUCGGCGUGGCUCACAGAUGUCUGCGUGUACGAAUUUUAGUGCCUCGCUGUUUCGCCUCGACAGGACCCGCAGGAUGUAAUCUGUAGCUGGCGGGCCUGUGGCGAGGCUGUGGUGAAGUGUGUGGGUGUGUGAGGCCUGGCUGGCCCUAGGUAGUGUGAGUCACCAUGAAUCCCUGGCGUGCACUCAGGGUUACUCUGCACCUCCUCCUCCUCCUGGUGCUGGUUACUCAAGAGGCACGAGGGAACAACAUUCCGCCGGGCUUGAAGUCAGAGAAGGACUGGUUUGUGUCGGAAGACGAUGCUAUUGGGACAGUGGUCACCCGUCUGAUAACCUUCAAUGAAAAAAAUAACACUGUCACCUUCCUGCUCCAGCCUAACAUGGAAGGCGAAACAAUACACACGUACUUCGUGGUGGAUGACCAACGGAGAGUUGUAGUCGCCAAGAACCUGAGUGAUUUGUUGAAGCCCACAGAGAAGAGGAGGGACUUCAUGCUGCGUGUGAAGCUGGUGGACGGUAAAUUUAACCCUGUGGUGGUGGUGAGGGUGCAGGUAGCUAGGCAGGGGGAGCGGCAUGAAGGCCCUAGAGGCUUUGAAGGUCCUCCAGGCUUCAGGGGGGAGCAGCCACAUGGAUUUCCAGGUGGCAACUUCCCCCACAUCCAGACACCAGCAGACAUCAUGCCUGUACCCUUUCUGUCAGUUGAAAAGAAGUGGCAUGUGAGGGAGGGUGCACCAGUGGGCAGCCUUGUUAACACAGUGCAUGUGUAUGACUUUGCACAGAACGGUUACAUCUUGGAUCUUGUUGACCCAACUGAGCUCUUACAGAUCAACAAGAAGACAGGACGCAUCACCUUGGCCAAAUCACCAACUGUUGAGAAGGUUGGAUCCUUCAUUGUGAAGGUGAUUGCCACUAGUCCACAAGGCAGUGCUGAGGAGGAAGUACAGCUACUUGUGCUUGCAUCCCACCAUAUUCCAAGCACCAGACCAAAUCAAGUAAAUCAACUGGACCUCCAAGUGGUCGGGGGAGAAAGAGGAGUGGCAGUAACCAGCAGUACAGAGGCCCCAUCUGCAGGACAGGCAGGAGGCAGCCUGACAGUCAUCACUAUUCUGUUAGUGGUGGGGCUGGUGCUUGUGGUUGGGGGCAUCCUGUGGUGCUGGAAUAGGCACCGCAGACUGGUGGCUGCAAGGUCUAAGAAGAGUGCAGUUAUGUAUGACAAGGAGAAGGAAGCUGCAGCUGCCGUGGAGCCUGAGGAGCAAAGAGAUAGUGAGUCACAGCAGCAGGGAAGCAUUGUGGGUCUGGCAGCACGAUGGUGGCGCCGAGCCUCCAGCAACACCUAUGAGGACUCCUUCAGGAACAGUAAAGAGAAGCGGAAAAGUACGACCGUUGCACCAUCCUCUUCAGACAUGUGGGAGUUUCCACGUCACCGUCUCAAGUUCAUGGGUAUCCUGGGCGAGGGAUGCUUUGGCCAGGUAUGGAAGUGUGAGGCCACAGGGCUGAAGGGUGAGAAGACCAUGUUGGUGGCCGUGAAAACCCUGAAGGAAUCUGCUGGGGAGCGGGAGAGGAAAGACUUGGUGCAGGAGUUGAAAGUGCUGAAAAGCCUCGGUCAGCAUCCCAACGUCCUGUCCAUGUUGGCUUGCUGCACUGAGAAAGACCCGCUGUUCAUUGUGCUAGAAUAUAUGAUCAUCGGGAAGCUACAAAGUCACUUAAGGUCCUCCCGUGCGGACACCUCUUACAACAACCUGCAUGGCUCUUCCUCCUCUAUCACGCCAAAGGACUUGAUUCUCUUUGCCUACCAGACAGCCAGAGGGAUGGAGUUCCUGUGUAGGAAUGGGAUUGUACAUAGGGAUUUAGCAACAAGAAAUGUGCUGCUUGGGGAGGAUAAGGUGUGCAAGGUGGCAGACUUUGGCCUUGCUAGGGACGUGGCUAACAACCGGAUCUAUGAGAGAAAGAGUGACGGCCGGCUGCCUGUCAGAUGGAUGGCUCCUGAGUCACUCUUUGACAAUAUUUUCUCUGCAAAGUCUGAUGUUUGGAGCUUUGGUGUCCUUUUAUGGGAAAUUGUUACCCUGGGUUCAACGCCCUACCCAGGGAUGGGCGCCAACGAGGUCAUGAGAAAGGUGCGGGAUGGUUACCGUAUGGAGAAACCUGAUCACUGUCGCCGGGAGAUCUACAAUAUCAUGUACUACUGCUGGGACAAGGACCCCAUGGAGCGGCCGUGCUUCACUGAGCUGGUGCACACCCUGGAGGGGCUCGUUAUGACAGAGGUGGAGUACAUUGAACUAGACCGGUUUCCAGACCGCAACUACUACAACAUUAUGCAAGGGAAGGCUGAUGAGCUUUUAUAGGGCUGAUUUAAUCUGGGUGAAGACUGUUUGUAGUGAAGAAGAGAGUACAGUAGUCAGUUGAAUUUGUUGUAGUAGUAGUAGGUUGAUGCACAGUGUAACAUCGUAAGAGCACAGUCAGUCUUAUUGCCAACUUGUGGGUGUAAACAGUAUCUUUAGUGUGUGUGUGUGUUGUCCUUUCACAUUUAAUUUAUGGGACACUCUUUAUGGAAGGUGCUGGUGCAGUAAUGGUUAAAAGUUGAGCUAACCUGCCGCACUCCCUUUUACUGUGUUAGGUAUUUUCCAAAAAGUAUUAGUCCUCUGACCUCUUUAGAAUCAAACACUUGUCAGGAUGUGUAUGGAGACUGUCAGGAAAACACUUAAUACAGUGGGAAGUUGUGGCAUGUUGGGACCUUUGACCCUAACUCUAUCCUAAGAUUAAUAAUCCUGUGCCUAAGUAGCCCUUCCUGUUUGUGUGAGUGCGGCAGUCCUAGCUGCCACUCGUCUGGUCACAGUCUUGAGCUCUUCACUCUCCCAUUGAACACCUCAGGAGUCUCUCAGUGUUUUGGUCACAGAGAAAUACUGUCGGAGAUGCGAGAUUAAGGUUCCUAGAGAAUUAUUCUUAAGAAAUCUAGAAUCUUUAAGUGGAUACAUGCUUCAUUAUUUGCUUUUAUUCAUGAGAUAUUUUAUGUAGACUCAUACUAGAACAAUGGAAGAUGAUAGUACUCUUAAGGCAGUGAAGUAGAGAAUUAUAAAGCAGAGUAAAUCUAUGGAAAGUUUAUGUAACUUAGGUAUAUUUAGUGAGGUUUAUAUUAUAAAUGAUAUAUAUUUUUAUAGCAUGUAUCGUAGGAACCAAAAUUAUUAAAGAUUUAGUGCUAUAUACCACCGUUGAUCUGCCAUUGAUCUUGGAACUUGUACCAACUCUGGUGCUGAUGGCAUGGUGCAGGAAACCAUGUAUUUUGAGUGUGUGAGGUAAACCUUUUAUAACUAUAUUGUUGUGAGACUGUGUAGCAGUGUGUAUAUUGGAUGUUUAUUUGUGUUUUAAUAGAUUCUUCUACUAUUUUUACCUUCAAGAUAUUGAUAAUUUCAUUAUGUUCUGUACAUAUUAAUCAUGUAUUAUCAUGUACUAUAUCUCUUGUGUCUUAAAAGGCAUGUGGAUCUAGAAAGGCAAGUCUAAUCUCCUUGGUGUAAGGAAAUGUAUCUGAAAGCUCUUAUGUGCUUUCUUGGGGAAAGCCAUCCUAUCCUUAAAGGCAGAAAUAUAUGGUACUGUACAUGUGUUGUUGUUAAUUCUCAUAAGUAAUAUUUAUAGUAAUACUCAUGUUCAUCAUGCCUUAUUAUAUAAAAAUCUUCAUAUGAAUUAACUGGUGACUAAAGAUUAAGUGACUCACUGAAGAAGAUUACAUUGAAUCACUGCCCAGUGACUCAGGGCCCCCUGUGAGGAUCUACCUCCUGUCUUACUUGGUAGAGAUAAUUUAUAGACACCAAUAUUUUUGACAUGUAUGUGAUUAAAGAUGGACCUUUAAUGAAGAAUAUAAUAAGGAAUUCUUUUGUAACCACAAAAUGUAUGUAUGUAUGUACAAGAAUCUGCCAUUGCCAA